AUGCAUGUCACGCGGGUUUGCCUGCACCGCAUGUUCCCUUGCCUAGUCCAGGUGCAGCCAGGAGCGUAUCUGCUCACCGUCCACGCCAAGCCCAGCGCCCGUGCAUCGGCGUUUGCCGCACCCGUGACGCCAACGCUAACAGAGGCCGACCUGCGCAUUGCGGCCCCACCGGUGGACGGGCAAGCGAACGCGGAGCUCCUCCGCUACCUCGGCGAGUUGAUCGAGCGCGGCUUUCUUGCGAUGACGGCAGAUCAUGCUGAGUACGUGAAAGACACUUCCUAUGCGACGGUGCUAGCGGCGGAUGCAGCGGCCAGUGCAACUGCGGCCCACUCCGCCACUAGCAGGAGCGGGGGAGGCAAGAAAUCCGGAAAACAAGGAAAGUCGAGAAACGUGGCAACGACCAGCUCUGCCUCGUCGUCGAUGCCGCACAGAGGUGCUGGUGGCUCACAGCGGCCGGAUGGGUCAAGCACCCCGCCCUCCGCGGCGGCAUUUCCUGGUCGCGUCGAAGUCAGUCUCGUGCGUGGCGGCACGUCGCGAGAGAAGACGGUGCUGAUCGUGUUUCCUGGCACCCGUGCGGAGCUGACAGCCGUGCUGGAGAAGGUGUCUCGGGAGUGA